CACAACACACAAACCUAUAACACACAACACACAAACCUAUAACACACAACACACAAACCUGAUCACAACUAUAGUCUGAAUUCACUCAUUAGUGACGAUGAAAGACUGAGAAUCACAAUGUGAAACCUGGUCUCAGGCGUUGUUGUGUGUCCUUCAGAUGUGCGUUGUGUUGUUUCCUUCAGAUGCAGGUGUUGUUGUGUGUCCUUCAGAUGCAGGUGUUGUUGUGUUUCCUUCAGAUGCAGGUGUUGUUGUGUGUCCCUCAGAUGCAGGUGUUGUUGUGUUUCCUUCAGAUGCAGGUGUUGUUGUGUGUCCCUCAGAUGCAGGUGUUGUUGUGUGUCCCUCAGAUGCAGGUGUUGUUGUGUUUCCUUCAGAUGCAGGUGUUGUUGUGUUUCCCUCAGAUGCAGGUGUUGUUGUGUUUCCUUCAGAUGCAGGUGGUGUUGUGUGUCCCUCAGAUGCAGGUGUUGUUGUGUUUUCCUCAGAUGCAGGUGUUGUUGUGUUUCCUUCAGAUGCAGGUGGUGUUGUGUGUCCCUCAGAUGCAGGUGUUGUUGUGUGUCCCUCAGAUGCAGGUGUUGUUGUGUGUCCCUCAGAUGCAGGUGUUGUUGUGUGUCCCUCAGAUGCAGGUGUUGUUGUGUUUCCCUCAGAUGCAGGUGGUGGUGUGUUUUCCUCAGAUGCAGGUGUUGUUGUGUGUCCCUCAGAUGCAGGUGUUGUUGUGUUUCCCUCAGAUGCAGGUGUUGUUGUGUGUCCUUCAGAUGCAGGUGUUGUUGUGUGUCCCUCAGAUGCAGGUGGUGUUGUGUGUCCCUCAGAUGCAGGUGGUGUCGUGUGUCCCUCAGAUGCAGGUGUUGUUGUGUGUCCCUCAGAUGCAGGUGUUUCUUUCUGACAUCAGUCACUCUUUCUGA